UAAACUGUACAUGAGAUAGACGCAUAGAUUUAAUUAAUGCAUGUAGUAUAAUUCAACUCUAUUAAAUCAACAGAAAUACAAUUUUCAAUAAUUCCUUAAUUGAAAAUCUACAAAAUUUAUCAAAUUAUACAAUAAGACUAUAAGUGACUUGUUAAUUUCUUUCAUGUUAAUAAACUCUGUCAUCCAUGAUUAUAUUUGCAAAAAUUUAUCAAGAUGAGGAAAUAUCAACAACUUCUACUUAUUAUUAUAUCAUUAGUAAGCAUUUUUUCACUGCUAACAUACAGAUAUGAGUACAUGCAACUUCUGAAUGUAAUAGAAGUGCUUAAUUUUUUUGGAUAUCCAGCUAAUGAUUUAACAAAUUGUACCAUUUUAAAUGGUACCUUUCUUAAUGACAUUGAAAAUAAUAACAAAUUGGCUAAGCCAAUGGUGUCAUGGACAAAAAUUGAUGAACAUUUUGCUUAUUCAGCCUUUUGGUUACAAGAAAAUGAAUCAGUUUAUAUAACAGUUAUUGGUCCUAAAACAGCUUUUUCUGGAUAUGAUUGUCGUGUUUGGUAUAAGUUAGGUGACCAUUACAUUUCAAGUCCUGGUACAUUUUCUUAUAAUUUAUCAUCAGACAGCAACAAAAAAAUUAAUUUUUACCAUUAUAGCAUACAUUGCAAACCAAUAAAUGUUCCAAUUGAUGCAAUACCUUAUGGAAUACUAUUGGGUAGAGAAAAUUCAUUGAAGCUCUUUGUUCCUUUACGACUACAAGAAGAAUCAUAUCAUAAGGACAAUUUAGUUAUUUGUGUUUCACCUGAUUAUUCUGGUAUUCCAGAUACAAAUUUAGUUGAAUUUAUUGCUUAUCAUGUUAUGUUAGGAGUCAAACAGUUUUUAGUGUAUGACAUAGGGAUUCAUCAUCAAGUUUUAGAAUUUUUAAAUUCAAUUGCUGGUCAUAAAUCUAUGCACAACUAUAAAAUAUCAACUCUUUCCUGGCAAUUUCCUACAAUUGACAAAAAUUUAGAAAAGUCUGUUUUAUUGAAUGAUUGCAUUAUGCGAACUCAAGGAGAAACUAAACAUCAAAUAUUACUUUCAUGGGAACAAUACUUAGUAUUUAAUAAAGAUUCUAAUUUUAAUUUUUUAGAUCAAGAAAAUACUAAUUAUGCAUUUGAAGUCAUGAAAUGUUGUACUAAACGUCUAACAAAGAAAUCUUGGCCUUUGGCUAUGAGAAAAACACUUUGUGAAAAAACAAAUGAAACAAAUAAUAUAGAUAGUGUUAAUAGACUUAAGAUUAGUAAUUUUCCUACUAUACUUGGAUCAAUACACAAUUUAGAAGAAUUUUGUAAUAAAACUAUGGGUAAAGAAGAUGUAAGUAUGACAAAAUAUUUGAACUCUUUCAUGAACAGCAAACUUUUGAACUUAUGGAAAACACAUGUACAAUUUUCUAUGAUUAAUUUAAGAAAAUCAAAACAAUUACCUUAAUUAAAAAUUAUUUAAAUGAUGUGUAUUUAAUUAUUAAAUAAUAUGUAAAAUAUAUAUUUUUAUAAUUAUUAUAUAUGAAUUUUUUUAA